AUAAUUUCGGUGUUACCAAUAUAAAAAGCGACGCACAUUUUCAAUUCCAAAUCAUUCGUUUCAACAUUUCUUCGGAAAUCAAAUACAUUUUCCUUUCAAGGCACUCAUCAUCAUUGUCGUCGUGGUUUUUUCUGCUCAGCAAAAUACUGAAUCUUAGCCAACUACAAUUCAUCAUCAUCGAAUCUUGUCCUUAGAAAAACAUCGCUCUUAUGAAGAACGGAGAUUGAUAUAAAUAUUUUUCAUUUUUUCAAAAAGCUUAAAAAUUUUCACAAUUCCGUCGUUAAAUUUACUUUCGAAAAUUUUCGGGUGGGCAGCUACUCUUCAGGGGCUUUAUCACAUUAGUCCCGAAGUUUUGGUGAACUGUUACGUGUUCGAAGCAAAAAAUUGCGAAGGAGACCCACCUUGGAAAAUUUGAUAAUAGUGGUAUAACCAUUAUUGUGACUUGUUAUUUUUGGAUUUUUCUUUUUGGAAUCGGAAUUAGAAUCAAUCGGAUCUAUUUAUUUGGACAUUUAUCUAACUGAUCGUUCUAUCUCUCACAUUGAAAAAAACUAAAAAAAUGAAGAUUACAGUUUUGGAAAAACUUUUCGAUCAAAAUCCUUCAGUCGAUGAUAUUAUCGGCGAAACGAUUAUGAAACGUAAAAAUGAAGAUGCAUUCUAUGUUUGUGAUGUUAAUGAUAUACUACGUAAACAUAAAAAUUGGCUGAUGAAAUUACCAAGAGUACGGCCAUUCUAUGCUGUCAAAUGUAAUGCCGCACCUAUUGUUCUCGAAGUAUUGUCUUCGGUUGGUGCCGGAUUCGAUUGCGCAUCAAAGAAUGAAAUCGAUACAAUUUUGGAUCUUGGUGUUCACCCGGAUGACAUUAUCUAUGCUAAUCCAUGCAAAACAAAAUCAUUCAUUAGUCAUGCAUCAUCAAUGGGUGUGGAUUUGAUGACAUUUGAUAAUGAACAUGAAUUGUACAAAGUACGACAACUUCAUCCAAAUGCUAAAAUGGUCAUCCGAAUCAAAGUCGAUGAUAGUCAUUCGGUUUGUCGUUUUAGUGCAAAAUUUGGUGCCGAUUUAGAUCAGGUGCCAAAGCUUUUACAAUUGGCAAAAAAAUUGUCAAUUGAUAUUGUUGGCUGUAGUUUUCAUGUUGGUAGUGGUUGUGAAGAUGCCGGAUCAUAUCAACAAGCUAUUUCGAAUGCGAAAUAUGUUUUUGAUUUGGGUGAAAAAUUGGGAUUCUCGAUGACAUUAUUGGAUAUCGGUGGUGGAUUUCCUGGCACAUCGAAUGCCCCAAUUGCAUUCGAUGAUUAUGUGAAAGUUAUCAAUGAAUCAUUGGAUAUUUAUUUUCCAGAAUUCGAUAGCCAAGGAAUGAAAUCCAAGGUGAAAAUCAUUGCCGAACCUGGAAGAUAUUAUGUUGCAUCAGCUUUUACACUUGUAACAAAUAUUAUUGCAAAACGUUCGGUUCGAGAUGAUGAAGGAAAUGCGAACAAUAUGUACUACAUCAAUGAUGGUGUAUAUGGAUCAUUUAAUUGCAUCAUUUUUGAUCAUGUUCAAGUUUAUCCCAAUCCAUUUCCAACCAAAAAUGAAACAAUUGAAGGACGUGAAUAUAGUCUGUCAACAAUUUGGGGUCCAACAUGUGACAGUAUGGAUUGUAUUAAUCGUGAUAUAAUUUUUCCCCAAAUGGAAGUUGGUGAAUGGCUUGUUUGGCGUGAAAUGGGUGCCUAUACAUUGGCUGCUGGUACAAAUUUUAAUGGCUUUAAAAUGCCGUCAUUGAAAUAUUAUGUGACUGGCUAUACAUUAGGAAUGUUGAAAACAUUACGAAAUUGGUCGAAAAUUUAUCGUAUCAUUGAAGAAUCGGACGAAUUUAUCGAAGAAGAUGAUUCAUUAUUUGAAACAUUCUAUUUCGAUGAAAAAAAUCAAUCAGAUAAUUUGAUUAAAGUUCAUUGAUUAGCAAUAAUGGCUGAUAAUGAUGACGGAUAUUUUUUUAAACGACAACCAAUGGUCCACC